UGGCAGGCGAACCGGAAGUGGAGGCGCUGGUGCUGGGGCCCGAGGAGGGACGCGCCGGAGCGGGGCCACAGGGACAGAGCGAGCUACAGACGCGCCACCCGCCCACGCCGCAGCCGCUGGGGGCCCUCACGGACCCUUUACCCGAGUGUAGAAUGAGCCAAGGAGACUCAAACCCAGCAGCUAUUCCACAUGCGGCAGAAGAUAUUCAAGGAGAUGACAGAUGGAUGUCUCAGCACAACAGAUUUGUCCUGGACUGUAAAGACAAAGAGCCUGACGUCCUGUUUGUGGGAGACUCCAUGGUGCAGCUAAUGCAGCAGUACGAGAUAUGGCGAGAGCUUUUUUCCCCUCUUCAUGCGCUGAAUUUUGGAAUUGGAGGAGAUACAACAAGACAUGUUUUGUGGAGACUAAAGAAUGGAGAAUUGGAAAAUAUUAAGCCUAAGGUUAUUGUUGUUUGGGUAGGAACAAACAACCAUGAAAAUACAGCAGAAGAGGUAGCAGGUGGGAUCGAGGCCAUAGUACAACUUAUCAACACAAGGCAGCCACAGGCCAAAAUCAUUGUAUUGGGUUUGUUACCUCGAGGUGAGAAGCCCAACCCUUUGAGGCAAAAGAAUGCCAAGGUGAACCAGCUUCUCAAAGUUUCCCUGCCGAAGCUUGCCAACGUGCAGCUCCUGGAUGUCGAUGGGGGCUUCGUGCACUCGGACGGUGCCAUCUCCUGCCACGACAUGUUUGAUUUCCUGCAUCUCACAGGAGGGGGCUACGCAAAGAUCUGCAAGCCCCUCCAUGAACUGAUCAUGCAGCUGUUGGAGGAGACACCUGAGGAGAAGCAUACCACCAUUGCCUGACCACCCCCGUCAGUGUCCUGGCACCCCGGCUCCCUCAGCUCAGUUACGUCACUGGCACUACAGAAUCCUUCUCUUUCUUAAGGCACUUUGCAUUGUAGAAUGUUCCUGGAUGUUCAUAUCUAGUGUUUGAAGGGGAGGAGGGAUUUAAACUGGUCCUGUACAUAGAAGGUUUGUUUGACACGGGAGAAAAAUUAGCCAAGGAAGAUUGUUGUUUAAAUUCGUUUGAAACCAGAAGGGGACUUUUCAGUUGUGUGUGUGACACAGUCAUUGAAUUAUCACUGUUUUUCCUAAGACAACAUCAAGCCUGAAUACUGAAGAAUAUGAAGGUUCGUUUCUUGGCCUUUCUUUCAUGGAUUAUGUUAUGUAUAAUAAUUACCAGAAUCAUACCUACUUGGCUUUAAAACAUGUUUUUCUUUUUCAGGUUUAAGGUUCAUACUUUUGUCUUUAGUUUUCAUUUUGCUUUAUAUAUCCUCAAUAUGUUCAUAACAUACAGCAUCAGAUGGAACAUGCUUGUCAUUCAAAUAUGGGAGAUGCUAUGGUUACAAGUGAAUUUGUUCCACUCUUAAUCUUUCCCGGCUAACAGUGAAAACCAGGUUUUGCUCCAAUUGGGGGACUCUUUGGAGGGUAUUAUUUUUAUGCUGCUGAAUGAUACCACAUCUGUAAUAGACCCAUGUAUGCAUGCAGCCUUUCUUCCCCUCCUCUCAUCUUUUUGUGUUUAUUUUGUCCUUGUUGACAUUGCAAGCUUUUCACACAUUUUUGACCUGGGAACUCUGCCGCGGGAGGCGUCUGUCCCGGCCAGUUACCCUCAUGGUACUGUUUUGAUGUGUAACUCAUCCUGUGUGGUGUCCGUGCUGUAGUCCGUGUAGUGCUAGCCUGUGCAGGGUUCUGCUCCGUUCUGUUUAUUCUGCAAAAACCUGUUACAGUUUCCGUUUUUGGAAAAAGAAAAAACUCGGAACUCUGUUUUCCAUUCCAUAACGCCUGACAUUAUUUCAAGUUUUAUCGUAUAUUAAGGUGUAGUCUUUAUUUUUUAUUGGCUUGGUUUCUAAAUUAUAUCAGUCCAAAACGUUUGGCGUUUCCUAUGAGGAACCAAGCGAAGCUGCUGUUCAGAAUAGACUUUCUGCUUUUAUGCUACGAUCUUGGUAAAGAACUAGUUUAAUUUCUAAGGUUUCUCGUUAAUGUGUCUUCAUCUGAGAAUUUCUCUCGAGACUUCAUGAUCUUACUGGCUUGGUUGACCACAGAGCUGCCAUUUUAAACCCAGUAGUGUUGCAGUAGCUGGCAUAGUGUUCAGUAUGCCUGCAGACUGUGUACAAACUGGAUCUACAACAGGGCUUUUAACUGGACCCGGCGGGUACUGAAGUACCCACCAAAAUGUGCUCCGCGGUGCUCCUGCUGUACUCCAGUAACAGGCCUGUGUCAUGUCCUGGCGGGACUCGUGUGCAGGAGGGGCGUGACGAGCUGCGCAAAGACCCGCUUCUGGCUGAGGGGGAUAGAACUUGGCCUGAUUCUUUUUUUUCUUUUUUUUUGUCAAGCCUCCUUUCUAGGAAUUUUUUUAAAUACAAUUUUCUGAAUGUGUCAUUUUUUUUCACAAGAGGAAGUACAUAUGUGUAUUAAACUUGUUCACUAAAAUUCCCUUUUAAUUUUUAGUAGCCCAGGUUCUUGAGUUUCUGCAGACACAUUUUUUUCUUCUAGAUACAAGUCUGUAGGAAGGAGAAUUAAUUAAGCUCGGAUUGUGUGUGAAAAGGCAGUUUUACAGGCAGGGGUCCUGCCGCAUGAGCACGCAGCUUCUGUCCCUCUGCGUUCUGGCCUCCAGCUCCGUUCUGCGUAUGACCUCACCUGUCACUACAUCUCGUACAUGCCGGAGCUGGUCGGGCAGUCGCGUUGGAACCACUGGCCUCUCACAUGACGUUCUGCCCCGUUGCCGACGUGCAGGUCGAGUCCGCUUUCGCGUUGGGCCAGGUUCCUUUGCACUGCUUUAAGCAAAAAGUGCUCGUCUAUUCUGAUUGACAUCCCUCUUUGCUUCAGUGGCAGAAGUUAAUGUUUAGUCUACAGACCUUUCUGAAUAUAUGCAUUUUAUGCACUGUCCCAGUGAGAUGUCCUCAUUGUCAAUGUGAUCAAGGGGCCAACUUUCUCGUUUCCAGGCAGCUAGCAGAGAUGCUGUUCUGUUCCUCAACCAGUUUUCAUUCCUUUGCCCACCCAUUCUUGGAACACGAAUCGGCAGGUGGUCAUGGCGCUGAAGAGAUGUCUGUGGUCAUAAUGCAGGUGUGGCAGGUGGGAGAUGCACUGCCCAGAGGGAUCUAGGGCGAAUGGCUUGGCUACCCUCGUCCUUGUCAACCAGUUCUGGCCACCGUGGAUCUCUUUGGACUGUCGGGCAUCUGUGUAAACCUGAAACUUGCCCAAAACCGUAGCCCACUAAGACAUUGUGAGUAGCUCAUGCCCCGCUCUUCAGAAUUCUCUCUCUCCUUGUUAACUUUUUUUUCAAACCUAGUCACUGUUUACAGUUGUAUGCUAAAGCCUGAAAUAUUGUCUGUGCUGUGGUGUAUGAGCAUUGCCAAUUUUAUAUUUAUUGCAGUGAAGAAGAAACGAAAAAUAUAUGAGGAGCAUGUCUAAGCUCCAAAAGCUGUUGGGCGCAUGUGGGAGAAGUGAGUCGGGGCCUCUCGCAAGGAGGCUGUUUGGAGAGGGGGUGCCCCAGGCUUCUCCUUGGUGUUCCUGCUUGGGGAUCGCUGCUGCUAGCUGACUGGACCUCCCCAACGGAAGUUUAUGAUUCUGCUUUGGCAAAGUUUCAUUGACUAGUAGAACUCACUCUGUUUUAGUGCAUAUUUCAAUAUAAAUGUAAACAUUUCACUCAAA